CGUAUUUAAAUUAUUUUUGGGCUUUACUUGUUUUAUUUUGUGUUUGCUAUUGAAUACUUUGUGAAGGCGUAUCGAUUAUAAUUUGUUAUAAAACAGGAAAACAAAAUGUACUUAAAAAUACAUUCUAAGGAUAAACGAUUUGAAAAAUUAAAAUCAAAAUCAAAACGAAGCAAACCUAGGCCGAAAGGGUUUGCAAAAAUAUUACAUGCAAAGCUACUUAUAAAUGGACUUAAAUUGUUUUGUCUCAACAUUUAAACCUACGAAAGCUGAUAACGUAUAUGUGAUGCUAUCAUGUGAAGCCUUACUCAACACCAUGUGAACGAAUCCUCAUCUAACUGUAGACUCGGAAUUACAGCAAAUUCAACAAGGAGAACCACUGAAGGAACGAGGAAACCACCAAGAAGCAUAUCAGGACCUAUGUCACAGCUUUAGUCGAAAGAUAUCAAUGAACAAAAUAGUCUCUUGGUUUGAUUCAAUUGUAUUCAAUUUCCAGCUUUGAGUGCUCGGAUUCUUUCUUUUUAUCGUCUGAUCGGUAUCCACUAUUCCUGAGACUUAAGUGAAACUAAUGGAACAUUUUUAAACUUGUUUACUUUCUAAUUUUUUUCAAUUUCAUCUCAACAAUUUUUUAAUGCAUAAUCCGCUGAGAUUUUUCGGGAAUAACCUUGGAUUUAAUAUAAAUAAUUAUUGUACGUGGAUCGAACUCGAAUUGGUAUUUAGGUUAACUUGUUUGCAAUUUUCAACUUUCCUGAUGUCAUUGAUUUUUUCUUAGUGUAAAAUCGUCUACAUUAUGAUAUAAUUAAUUGUCGAGGAGCGUGAUUUUUCACAAACAGUUUACUUUAAGGUUGAAGAGUAAAAAUAGAGAUUGGUUUUGUUUUCAAUAAACCGAUUUUACUCCAUUUAUUGUGAUAUCUUAUGAUGUAAAUACCAAUAGUGACAUGGAUUAAUCUAUUUUCUUGCGCUUAAAAAAUCCUUGAAACAAAAAGAAAGUGAUAUCAACCAUUGAAGUUAAAAGCCACUUUUCAUUUCAAUGUAACAACACUUGACAGUAAAUCCGGAUAAAGUUUAUUCAUCUUUCAACGAUUGCAACUCUGUCUGAGUGAUUGAUUCAGCUUUGGCAUAAAAUCGUAAACAAAUUAAGGAGAUGAUAUUAUUUCUGUGUGAAUCAAGGAUCAACAACAAAUCAUUGAAAUCAAUCCUCUUUGACUUGACGACUAUCUGUGCAUCUGGUAACCCACAACAUAAACCAGUGAAUUAUGAAGUCGAUUUUGUAACAAGCUAAGCGUUUCAAUUAUCUUAUUGGUUGAAGAGACACUUAUUAAAAGGUGUUUUGCCCUAUUACGUCGUCUAUGUGAGAACAUACACCGAAGCUUCAGCCUCAUGGAUCGCCAUUUUAUUUGCUGUUCUGCCAUUCAUCGCAUUCUUUACCAAUCCAAUUCUCUGUUCACUCGCCGACAAAUCGUCCAGCCAUUUAAAAUACUUGCUUCUGUUCACCGCCUUGACCGGCUUUGGCUAUGGAAGUCUACUCAUUUUACCAACCAUUCAAAGUUCACUCUUUUCCUGGUUAAUCUCACUGGUUUUACUGUUGAUUGCUUACCCUUCAAUGGCAACGGUUACUUCGCUUACUGAUUCAAUUGUUAUGAUGAUGGUUACACCAGAUGAACCCGAUUGUACCGAGAGCGUAAAGAAACCCCAAUUUGGACAGAUUCGGGUUUGGGGUACAAUAGGUUAUGGAUUAUUUGGUUUCCUUUCAGGACCAAUUAACUCAGUCAACUUUGGUCCUUCUUACCUUGAAAUGGGUUUCAUUAUGUUCAUCGUUAUUUUAAUUUUGGAUUUAACAAUUGUCUCCGUUUGUGCAAGGAAAUGGUCUAUCCUGGUAAUGCCAUCAGCAACUGGUCAAACAAGAAUCAAGGGUCAAAAUGAACGGAAGGAAGAAGAAGAAGAAACCAAUGAAAAAUUCAUCUCACGCAAGGAACAACAGGAGACUUUAAAUUGUCAAAAGAAUAGUCAACAACAUUGGUCCAUUUUUGUUUCCUUGUUUAUCCAUCAUCCGACGCUCAUUCAACAUACAAUUAUAUUAAUUGGUCAAGGAGUCUUGAUGGCCUGUCAUUGGUCCUAUUUUUACUGGUUUCUGGAAUUAGUCUCCGGUCGAAAUACAUUCCUAAUGGGAUUAACUUUACUGAUUGGCUGUUUUUGCGGUGAAUUAAUCUUCUUUUAUUAUGGCAAUUCAAUUGUCAACCAGAUUGGAUCGACCAACGCAUUCAAUAUCAGUCUAGCCGCUUUUGCUGUCCAAUAUACAAUUUACGCUUUCUUAAUUACUCCGGAAAAUCAGUAUUUGGUCUGUUUGACUGAGGUCCUUCAAGGUCCCACUUUUGGACUAUUUUAUACGGCAAUGACGCACAUUGGACAGGAAUAUGCCGAUAAACAAGCGGCUAUAUUACAAUCAUCGAAAUCGGAAUCAGCAGCAAAUGUGACACAAAUCCAUGCUACGUUACAAGGCUUUUUGUCUGGUUGUUUGGAAGGUUUAGGCCUCGGUUUAGGAUCACUUGGAGCUGGACUAUUGAUUGAUCGUUAUGGUGUCCACAUCAUGUGGAUGAUAGCUGCUUCCUUGGCUGUUUUCCUGUUAAUUUUGAACUCAUCUUUCCAACUUAUAAGAGCAAUCAUGAUAACAUAUAAAUCAUGAGUUAACCUGGCAGUUACUUUAAUGUCUUUAAAAUUUUGUUUAUUCUGUUACCUACAAAGAAAUGGAAAUUUCUGAUUUAAUUGUGACUUCUUGAUGGGAACAAAUGGAGUUAACAAAAACGGAACAGAGAAAUGUUCAAUAGAACAAAAGAUCAACCUUAAUUUAUUUUAAUUCAAUUUAUUUUUGUUAAUAUACAGAGUUUCAGAUUGGUUGAUUGUGCUUGUUUGAUCGACUAGAGGUUUGACUGAGGAAGGAAGAGGUGAAAUUGGAUGAAAUUUAAUUUAAAAAAAAA